AUGUCAGAAACAACCAACUGCCCAAUCGAGCUCCCCGUUAUCGAUAUAUCCGAUCCCCACGACCCCGCUGUGGGAAAGGCUAUGUUGAAAGCUGCAACCGAGUAUGGAUUCCUUUAUGUGAACAGUGCUGGCUCCGACUUUGCAGCUGCGGAUGUAGAUCACGCAUUUGGACUGUCUAAAAAAUUCUUUGCUUCUCCCGCGGCGGACAAGGAGACUUGUCGGAUCUCCCCAAAUAACCGGGGUUGGUCAGGUAUGCAUACAGAGACUCUUGACCCGGAGCACCAGCGUACUGGAGAUUUCAAGGAAGCCUUGAACUUCGGUGACUUCAAGGAUGGAAAAGCCCAGCAGCCUCUCCCGGCAUCAUUGGCACCACACGAAUCCGAGAUCAACGAGUUCGCUACUCUAUGCAACAAGACGUGUACUAGAAUCCUGACUCUACUCGCCUUAGGCCUGGAAAUGCCAGAGGACUUCUUUACAACCCGCCACGACCCUCGUAAUGGCCUAACAGGAAGUAUCUUGCGGUAUCUAUAUUACCCCUCAAUAUUCUCCCCAGCAACAGCAACCUACAAACACGACAAAGACGUACGAGCAGGCGCGCACUCAGACUACGGCAGCAUAACGCUUCUCUUCCAGCGCCCUGGCCAACCAGGACUAGAGAUCUUCACACCAGAAGAGACAUGGGCGCCUGUCCCCAUCGUGCCGGGUGAAAAAGCCGACGCGUAUCCGUUCCCACCUAUUCUGGUAAAUAUCGGUGAUUUGCUAAGCUACUGGACUGACGGGCUUCUCAAGUCUACUGUUCAUCGAGUCGUGUUUCCGUUAGAGGAGCAGCGGAAGCCGAAUCCAUCUGAUCGGUAUACGAUUGUUUAUUUCUGUCAUCCUGUUGAUACUACUGAGCUUGUUCCUGUUCCUAGUGACGUUGUUACCAGGUAUCGAAAGGAUAGACGGGGUGGGGUUGUUGGGUUUGGGGGUGGCGCUGGUUCUUUGGAAGCUGGGAAGAGACCGUUAACUGCGUAUGAGCAUUUGGAGUCACGAUUGGCGGCUACUUAUGGGUUUACGAAGGAUGGGUAA